GCUACGACACGUGGAACGCUGCCCGCUUGCUGGGCCGGGUGACCGGGUGGGCGGACGCCCUGCACGUCAUCCAGGCCCGCUGUCCCGAGGCGGCAGUGCGCUGCCUGCGCAGCGCCGGACACGAGCCUUCCAGGCACCUUGGCUCUCCGCAGUCCCCUCCGACCCCGCAGCAGCCCUAUUUGAUGUGCCACGCCGAGCGCCGGAAGCAGCCCAGCUGCUGCGCGCCGCGGAGAGCGGCUGGGCACGUCGCUGAUCGGAGCCUCCAUCGAUGGACGGGCAUGUUGGCCGGUUUUGGCCGGCGCGCGUUGGCAUACGGCUUGCUUGAGUUGCCAUUGGCGGGAGCGGAUGAGUACAAUAGCUGGAUGGCACCGAGCCACUUGCUGGCUGGCAUUUGUUGGCGGAUGCUCGUGACGCCGAAGCGGUGCCCGCCACCCAUCUCCCCGAGCCGACAUAGGCGAGCAACUGGCAGUGCUCGGGGGCUGUGGUUGGCCGGCGAAUGCCACACGGCUAGGCGGCUAGGCGUCUAUGUUCCGGCAUGGGGCCUUCAUGGUGCGGUGUGCUUUGACUUCGCCGUCUCUAGCGGUUUGCGUUCCUUUGUGUUUGCCGCUUCCGCCAAUGACGGAUCUGCAGUCGCUUACGAAGGCCGCAAGAGAUCCCAUUUUGUUAUUGCAGCGCAGUGCCGUGUGCAUUGUCUGCAGUCCUACCGCUGGUGGCUGAGGCCUGCGGUGGUUUGUGGCACCAACCGUGUCGCAGCAGUUGUGGUAGUGACCGGCGAGUAUCGCAUGGUUCUGUGUUACCGGCGUGUCAGCCGAAGGGCGGGCCGCGUGGGUUUGCCAUGA